AUGAAGGCGUCCAUGGUGCUCUCCCUCAUGGGGUACCUGGUGGUUCCAAGUGGCGCUGCUGUCUUGGGGCGCUGUGUGGUGACUAAGAAGCUCCACGAAGGAGGCCUGAGUGAUUUUGAGGGCUACAGCCUGGAAAACUGGGUGUGCCUGGCUUAUUUUGAGAACAAGUUCAACCCCACUGCUGCCAACGACAGCUUGAGCGGUGACUACACGGGCUACGGCCUCUUUCAGAUCCGCAACCGUGACUGGUGUGACCACGGCAAGAACCGUUGCCACGUGUCCUGCUCCGCUUUACUGAAUCCAAAUUUAAAGGAGACAAUUGAAUGUGCCAAGAAAAUUGUAAAAGGAAAAAGAGGAAUGGGAGCGCGGACCUCCUGGACCCUCAGCUGCCAGCACUCUGACACUCUGGAGCGGUGGUUGGACGGAUGCAGGCUGUAG